GGGAGCGGAGAGGAGGCACAUCGGGGCAACAAACCGGUCGGUGGGUUGCAGGUUGGAGAUCCGUCUGCAGACCGCACCAUGCCGCUCUCCGAGGCGCUUUGGGACUCACAUCUGAUCGGAUACAGAAACGACAAAUCGCUGUAAAUAGCCGCCGGCUGAACCCGUAGGACAAAGGAAUAUAUAUUUUUGCUAUUUGAUGAGGCCGUUUACUUAACGAAGAAAUAUUUAUCUUAUUUAUUGCUAUUUAUUAACGCGUAGCUGUAGGCUAUCUGGAUAAAGGACCGGUGCGUUUGGGAACGUCAGACUGGAAUGCCAACAAGAUUUAUCCUGCUCCUCCCAAGAUCUUGCUGCAAGAGAAACUGCACACUGGAUCACAAAUCCUGUCCAUUUUACUGGGCUGAAAGAACUAAUUAGUGGCAAGUCUGGUUGAUGACUGUAACACACUAUCUCCCAAGGUCAUCUGCCCCUCUUCCUGUCCCUCCUCAGCAUGGCUAGAAGGAGGUUAGACUACUGUCUUCUAGGGCAGUUGUUCACUGGCCUUAUCCUGGUAUCUACUGGACUAUCUUUUGUCCAGAGCAAUGAGUGUCCCCAGCUGUGUGUGUGUGAGAUCCGACCCUGGUUUACUCCACAGUCCACCUACAGAGAAGCAAUUACUGUGGACUGCAAUGACCUGCGCCUGACACGCAUCCCAGGUAACCUGUCCAGCGACACACAGGUUCUCCUCCUGCAGAGUAACUACAUUGCUAGGACCAGUGAAGAGCUGGAACAACUCUUUAACCUGACUGAGCUGGACUUGUCCCAGAACAACUUUAGCAACAUUCGGGAUGUGGGCCUGGCCAACAUGUCCCAGCUCACCACCCUACACUUGGAGGAAAACCAGAUCACAGAAAUGCCCGAUUACUGCCUACAGGACCUCAACAACUUGCAGGAGCUCUACAUCAACCACAAUCAGAUCAGCAUGAUCUCCGCCAAUGCCUUCUCUGGGCUCCACAACCUGCUCAGGCUUCACCUCAACUCUAACAAGCUCAAGGCCAUUGAUAGCCGCUGGUUUGACUCUACACCCAGUCUAGAGAUCCUCAUGAUUGGGGAGAACCCAGUUCUUGGAAUAAUGGACUUUAACUUCAAGCCACUGGGUAACCUGAGAAGUUUGGUUUUGGCAGGAAUGGAUUUAACAGACAUCCCCGGAAAUGCCUUUGUGGGACUUGACAAUCUUGAGAGCCUCUCUUUCUAUGACAAUAAGUUGGUCAGAGUUCCUCAGAGAGCUUUGCAGAAACUACCUAAUCUCAAAUUCUUGGAUCUGAACAAAAACCCUGUGCACAAGAUUCAGGAGGGAGAUUUCAAGAACAUGCUGAGACUGAAAGAGUUAGGUAUUAACAACAUGGGUGAACUUGUCUCUAUUGACCGUUAUGCUCUAGACAACCUUCCUGAGCUCACCAAGCUGGAGGCUACAAAUAACCCCAAGUUCUCUUACAUUAACCGUCAGGCCUUUCGUGAUGUUCCAGCCCUGGAGAGCCUUAUGUUGAACAACAACGCCCUGAAUGCCCUCUACCACUCCACAGUCGAAACUCUGCCCAACCUGCGAGAAAUCAGCAUCCACAGCAAUCCACUUCGCUGUGACUGUGUUAUCCAGUGGAUGAGCUCCAAUAAAACAAGCAUUCGCUUUAUGGAACCGCUGUCCAUGCUCUGUGCCAUCCCAACAGAGGUAAGAGGUCAGCAUGUGAGGGAGGUGCUCCAGAAGGAAUCAGUGGAACAAUGUCUGCCCAUGAUUUCCCAUGACACCUUCCCCAGCCACCUUGACCUGGACAUUGGCAUGACUGUGGACUUGGACUGCCGCGCCAUGUCCCAGCCUGAGCCAGAAAUCUACUGGGUUACUCCUAUGGGGAACAAGGUAAUGAUGGACACCCUGUCUGACAAGUACAGCCUCAGCAGUGAAGGAACAUUGAGAAUUUCUCAUAUCCAGGUAGAAGACUCUGGCAGGUACACCUGUGUGGCUCAGAAUUCAGAGGGAGCUGACACAAGAGUGACAGCCAUACGGGUAAAUGGUACCCUAUUAGACAGUACUCAGCUUAUGAAGAUCUAUGUCAAACAAACAGAAUCUCAUUCAAUCCUGGUCUCCUGGAAAGUCAAUUCAAAUGUCAUGACCUCCAAUCUUAAGUGGUCAUCUGCCACCAUGAAAAUAGACAACCCACACAUCACUUACACUGCCAGGGUGCCUGUGGAUGUCCAUGAGUACAACCUUACACAUUUACAACCAGCGACCGAAUACGAGGUCUGUCUCACUGUCUCUAAUAUCCACCAACAGACACAGAAGUCGUGUGUAAAUGUUACAACAAAGCAAGCAACCUUUGCCGUGGAAAUAAUUGACCAAGGGACUAACACUGCUCUUGCAGCGGUUAUGGGAACAAUGUUUGCAAUCGUCAGCCUGGCCUCCUUGGGUGUGUACAUUGCCAAGAGGUGGAAGAGGAAAAACUAUCAUCAUUCCCUGAAAAAGUACAUGCAGAAAACCUCAUCCAUCCCACUAAAUGAGUUGUACCCUCCUCUCAUCAACUUGUGGGAGGCGGACAGUGAGAAGGACAAAGAGGGGUCCUCAGAGACCAAACCAAGCCAGGUGGACACUACACGCAGCUAUUACAUGUGGUGAGAGCUACUACCUAUGGAAAAUCCAGAGACACCAUUCAUUCAGGAGCACAAAUAUACAUACUUGCUUCUUUGUGUAAAAGUGAAAUUAAAUUGGAUUUUUCUUUGUUUGUUUUCUUCAGUUCCUUCGGCUUUGCCCAUUGAGGCAAAGGACAAACUGAUAUCUCAGAUUUUAGUUUAGCAUAUUGCCUUUUCCCUCUUGCCCCUUUUUGACACUCAACAUGGCAGCUUUGUGUAGCUUCCUGGACUUGGUAGUCACUGUGCUUUAUUUUUAGUACUUGUUUGAUUAGCACAGCAUGAGUAUUGUCAGUGUGGGUGAGAAAUGGAGAACUGAAAUCUGAUCCACCAUGACUUGUGGCUCUGGCAGAAUUGUUAGAGACCGCAAUUUUUUUUUUCUCUCUCUCUCGUAAAACAGUUUAACUGUUGACUGUUGUGCACUGAAAUAUAUAUACAAAUUUGUCUAUCAACUCAACUAUAAGCUGACAAAGUACGUUUAGACUUGAUAUACCGUCUAUUGAAUAAUGUUAGCAAUUCUUCUGUAAUGUUGUAUCAGCUAUUAUUUCAUUUACUUUUUUGGACAUUAACAGACAGUAAGUUUGAUUUAGAAUUUAAGUUUGCGAAGCAACUACUGUAAACCAGCAAUAGAAAUAUGAAUGUUAUGAACUAGGUAAGUAGAUGUAAGGCUUUUUAAAUUUCUCAAAUAUUUCCUUUUUUAUUUUGCUAGAAUAUGUAUACAAUCACUGGUUUUGUUGUGGUUUACACACAAACAUGUUGUUUAUUAAUUAAGGAGCAACUAAAAUAAAAUCUUCUUUCCUCAUAUUUUUUAUACCAUGAU